AUGCCUGCUGGCAGGCAGCACGGCCUGCAGCCCCUCAAGUUCCAGGACACAUUGGUGUAUUGGCAUGAGGACGACUGCCAGGACCCCACCCUGCUCGCUCCAGGCACACAGGUGGCAGCGCACAUACCGACGCACAGCUUUGGGCAGUGCGGCAACAACUUCAACAACUCCAACGAGGACGUGCUCUUCAACGACACCUGCCCCUCCACGGCAGCGCACGCAGAACACGCACAGAAGGCGCACUGCCUGUCCUCCAACUACAAGUUUGAACUUGUUGUUGAUGACCCCCGCCUCAUGGGCUUCGUUUCCUGGAAGCUUCUCCACACGCUUGAAGCAGGCACGGUGCCCAUCUAUUAUGGCGCACCGGAUGUGGACAACUUCAUGCCGCCCGGUUCGUACAUCGACGGGAGGAAGCUUCCCACGCCCGCCGAGCUGCUUGCGACCCUGCAGGAACUGCACCUCGACCCCUUGAAGUACAUGGACCUAUUCGCAUGGCGCACGUGUGGUGUGUGGGGGCAGUACGCCCACGUGGACGCGCUGGGCUUCCGCUCGCUGCCGUGCCGCCUCUGUGAGGCCGUCAGUGCCCGCCAUGGCCGCCUCUUCCACCGCCACUAG